UGAAGAGUUUGGGGCUUAUGGCAGUUGGUAAGUGCAUAUAUAUUAUUCUACCGAAGUCGAUGAUUUUACCUCAAAUCAAAAUGCUGGGGCUUGUAGGAAUUGCAAUCCCCAAUCUAGAGUUUCAAAGGCUUUUCUCAAGUUGUCCACUUUUGGAAUCGGUAGUCAUUAAAAAGUGUGAUGUACAAACAAACAAUCAAAGUAAUAUCGUAAUUGAUUCUCGCAGCCUUAAACUUCUUGUACUAGUAGACAAUCGCCAUACACAUAUUGGUCCGGCAGAUCAUUCUUUGAGUUACACUACCAAGAUAUAUGCUCCAAAUGCCAAAGACUUCACAUGCACAGGCUUCAUGCGAGAAGACUUUUCCUUAGAAAACCUUUCUUCUCUGGUCAGUGCUUCGUUUGAAAUGUCAUCAGGAGAAGAAGAUGAAACUGCAGAAACAUAUUCCGAGCUGCCCACUGAGGAAAAAGAAGUGUUUGCUAAACGUAUGUUGAAACUUCUAGGAGGGGUUCAAAACGUGCGACACCUGUCAUUAUCAUCUGGGUUCCUUGAGGUUCUCUUACAAGGUCCUGGCACAUUAUACCGUCAACCUCUUCAAUUGUGUAAUUUAUUAAUGCUGAAGCUGGAAAUGAGGUUUACGAGAGGCUGCUUGCGUUCAAUAGCAUACUUACUGAAGAUAUCUCCUAUCGUAAAAACUCUUAAACUUAAAUCAAUGGAGUCGAAUCUAGCUGACAUUGGAGAUGAUUGGGAAGUGGGAUUGUCAUUGACGGGCAUGAUUUCUCACCUCAAGUUUGUUGAGAUUAGAGAGGUGGAAGGAUGUGAAAAUGAACUCAAAUUUUUUGUUGAAAAACUCGCCAGCUUUGGAGAAAGUGAAUCUGUUCUUUCGGUCUACUGGUGACUCACUCAGUAAUGGGAGACAACUAAGGCGAUUUAAGAGGAAUCUUAGAGUACUUCAACAAGCUUCUUCAAGUAUCCAAUGAACUUUAUUUAGUUUUGAAGAUGAUGUUGCGGGCUUUACUAGAAUGAGACAUAUGAAGUGAUUCAAGAGUAAGAUAAGAUAAGACCACUUCCAAUAGCUUAUUCAGGUAUCACAUGUAAGAUCUUUUAACUUCAGUAGAUGAUGUUGAUUGCGUGUAAUACUAGAACUUGUAUAUCUUCUAAAUGUUGCAAAAACACGUAUGUAUGAUUUGGACAUCCAUAGGCUGCCAUUACAGAUAUUAGCACCAAAAUUUUUUGUGCCAUUUCUGGCGCUGGUACUCUAAUUCUUAUACAUUUUCUUUUUUCUCUGUUGAUGGGAAAUUGGGAAGCAAAGAUUGUGGGCUUGGCUCACAUUCUCUACUUGUAAUGUU